CUGAUAUCCCGUUUGCGUCUGUUCUUCCGUAUGCUGUUGCGUGCGCGGUCCAUACCGCGACGUCUUCCUCUUUUUGCCCUGCUGGCUCGCGCCCGUGUGGUUGGUUGCUGGGACUGAAAAAAUGGUGGCGAGUACACGGGUUCAGAAGCUUCUCCGCCGAUACAAACUGGCGAUCGCAGCCGCGCUUACUAUUCUUCUUAUUCAGGGGCUAGUGCUCUGGAGCCUGAGGACCCUUGAAGAAGGGGAGGUGGAGAGGAAGCACAGGAGGUCAAAGCUCCCGGACAACAACAGCCAGAACCCCAAGAAGGAGGCUGCAUCCUGGGAGAGGCAGAAUGGGCAGCCGGGCAGGAGCCGGGGUCGCUGGAAACCCGGGAUGGAGCGUCCGGGGGCCACGACGGCCAGCACCCUGAGGCGGGAGCCACAGGGCCACGGAGAGGCCCCCGGCAGAGACAGGGGCUCCCAGGGGCAGGGCGCGGCCGGCGAGGGGCUGGCGCACGACCCCUCCAGCAGCAGGAACUUCACCGAGCUGAAGGGCGGGGAGGGCGGGGCCCGCUUCCUGCCCGCGGGGCAGGGGGACAUGGGCAGUGUGGAGGGGGCCCCCCAGGUCCCCAGCAGCGACUUCGUCCCAAAGUGCGACAUUACGGGCAAAGACGCCCUGUCCGCCCUUCACCGCGCCACCUCCCGCCAGUGCAGGCAGGAGAUCGGCAACAUCGUGUGCCAGCAUCAGGAGGGGCAGCUGAUGCCCCAGGCCCUGCCGCAGUUCUGCCUGCAGCACGUCUCCAGCCCCGUGCUGCAGGCGGAUGACCUGGACACGGACCUGACCAAGGUGGAGAACCCGGUACGGGUGGCGUUUGUGCUGGUGGUCCACGGACGCGCUCUCCGCCAACUGCAGCGGCUCCUCAAAGCCAUCUACCACCGCGACCACUUCUACUACAUCCAUGUGGACAAGCGCUCCAAUUACCUGCAUCGUGAGGUGGAGCAGAUCUGCAGACUGUACCCCAACGUGCGCACCACGCCCUGGCGCAUGGUCACCAUCUGGGGCGGGGCCAGCCUGCUGAAGACCUACCUCCGCAGCAUGCAGGACCUGCUGUCCAUGCUGGACUGGAAGUGGGACUUCUUCAUCAACCUCAGCGCCACAGACUUCCCCACCAGGACCAAUGAAGAAUUGGUGGCCUUCCUCUCCCAGUACCGAGACAAAAACUUUCUUAAGUCGCACGGAAGAGAAAAUGCAAGGUUCAUUAAGAAGCAGGGUCUGGACCGGCUCUUUCACGAGUGCGACUCCCACAUGUGGAGGCUGGGGGAGCGGACGAUACCCCAGGGCCUGGAUGUGUCGGGAGGGUCCGACUGGUUCGCCCUCACCCGCCGCUUCAUCGAGUACGUCAUCAACUCCCAGGACCAGCUGGUGUCCGGCCUGAAGCAGUUCUACACAUACACCCUGCUCCCCGCCGAGUCUUUCUUCCACACAGUGCUAGGCAACAGCCACAUGUGUGACACGCUGGUGGACAACAACCUGCGAGUCACCAACUGGAACCGCAAGCUGGGCUGCAAGUGCCAGUACAAGCACAUCGUGGACUGGUGCGGCUGCUCGCCCAACGACUUCAAACCGAGCGAUCUCAUCCGAAUCCAGCAGCUGACCCGGCCCACGUUCUUCGCCCGCAAGUUUGAGUCGACGGUGAACCAGGAGGCCAUCAACAUCCUGGAUGCCCACCUAUAUGGGCAGUACGCCCCCGGCACGGCCGCCCUCAAGGCCUACUGGGAGAGCCUGUUUGAGCGGCCCGACGGGGUGGGCUCCCUCAGCGACGUGGCCCUCACCUCGUACUCCGCCUUCUUCCGCCUGGCGCUGCGCAGCCUGGGGGCCGCUCAGGGGGCCGCGCAGGGGGCCGCGCAGGGGGCCGCGCAGGGGGCCGCUCAGGGGGCCAAAGAGGCCUGCAGGUACGAGCCCAUUGGCUACCCACUGUCAGUGCAUCUGUAUUUCUACGACGACCGUUUCCAGGGCUACCUGGUGAAGCAGGAAGUGCAGCUUUUGGGGUCACAGACGAGGCUGACCCUGGAGGUCUGGGCGGUCCCCCAGACCACCCUGCAGCUGGAGAGCAACCUGCAUGAGUUUGAGCGGCUGAAGAACCUGGAGGUGGGGAUAGAGUGGGACCCGAAGGAGCGUAUCUUCCGGAACUUCGGGGGGGUUAUGGGCCCCCUGGACGAGCCGGUGGCGGUGCAGAAGUGGGCCAGGGGCCCCAACCUGACGGCCACCAUCGUGUGGAUCGACCCCGCCCAGGUGGUGGCGGCCUCCUAUGACAUCAGCGUGGACGUGGAGGUGGAGUUCACGCAGUACAAGCCUCCCCUGCAGCGCCCCCUACGGCCCGGGGCCUGGACCGUCAGAGUGCUGCGUCUGUGGGAGACGGUGGCUGAGGCCCGCUUCCUCAUCACCCCGCUGGCCUUCAAGGCCCGACAGCCGCUCCGCAAGGAUGAGGACAGCUGGCUGCACGCUGGUCCUCCCGGCAACCUGUACAUGGACCAAGGCUUCCAGCAGCUGAGCCCGGUGCUGAAGCUCACCAGGGGGGAGCAGGCCCUGGAGGAAGCCCAGGAGAAGGCCCAGCUGGUGGGCAGAGCCCUGGAGGACUGGAUUGACGCGAGCGUGGGGGUUUUCUGGGUGAUGGGAGACAUUUGCAGCACCGAGGCCUCGCCUUGCCCUUCCCUGGUCACGUGCAACACAACCAGCUGGAGCUCCCUUUCCCCCGACCCCAAGUCUGAACUGGGGGCUGUCAGGAGCAACGGCCGCAUCAGGUAGCCCUCCGGAGACGGCGCCCCCCCUUCCUCGGAGCGGAGCCGCUGAAAGAGCAGCUCGCGCAGGGUCGAGUGCACGGAGCCGGGCCCCGGAGACGGGGCUGACCGCCGGCGGGCCCCGGGACCGGCCGGAGCCUCCACGGCUGUGCGCGAGGACGCUGAAGAGAAGCUCUCGGUUUUGCACAGAAGCAUUUAGACUUUAGUUUUCAUUGUUCGGACCUGUUGUCCUGUCGUGUUUUUCUGAAACACAAAGCCUGACGUGCAGGCUUCAUCAGAGGCCUUGUGGAUCGAACUCCGUAAAGACGAGGGCUCCAGUUUUUUUUUGUUUUUUGUUUUUUGUUUUUUGAACAUUGUAAGAAAUGUUUUAGACAAGGAAGUACGAACUGGCCAGAUUUAUACAUGCAUAACGUAUUUGAAAGGUUCCCCCACCCCUCAUUGUUUCCAGCCUUAUAAUAACAUGACAGUGGUAGAAGUGCACUUUACUGUAAGAAUGCUAUGAUGGGCCUUACCUCAGAGGUCAGGGGUAGAGGUUCAGGCAGACGAACCUGAAAUGGUGGUGACUCACAAGCCGAUGACCCUGACGAAACUGCAGCAUUGUUUGCACUGAUACUUCAGGCACAAUUGAACUGCGUGACCGCAAAAAGAUCAAUGUAUACAUACAGUACUGUGCAGAAGUCUUAGGCACCCUAGACUUUAUUAUAUUUUUAUGUUUAUGUUUUUGUGUGUGUUGGUAUAAAAGAACACAUUUGAGAUUUCCAAAAUAUUUAAUUUUACAGGGACAUUUGUGUAUUUAAUUUUUUAAAAGUAACAUAUUGCUGUAAUUGACUACUUUUUACAUAAAAACUUGAUCCAGGCUCUCUGAGAUCAGAAGCAAGGAGCCAAACAAAGUCUGCAGAAGAACGGUGGUGAGUUCAAAAACAUACUUGGAACUGCCUCCCUGCUGAUUGUCUUAUAGAACUGCAAGACAGCGUUGGCUAUCUCAGAGAAGUGAUGCAGUUUUUACGCUGAAGGGUGGUCAUAAAAAAUAUUGAUUUGAUUCAGUUUUUAACUAUUCUGUCAAAUUACUAAAAUGUAAUAUAAAAUGUAUAGUACGUUUAUUUAGGACCUUUCAUUGAAUAAAAAAAAAAAAGAAUCUUAUCUGUACAGAAUGUGAUACAGGUGCCUAAGACUUUUGCACAGUACUGUACAUUUCAGAUAAAUAUAUUUCCAGGUAUGACCUGGUUUUCUCUUUCGAUUUAUUUUCAGUUUUAUUCUGUGUAGGCCCUUUGAGUUUACCGUCCACUUGUGCAGUGCCAGUCGCUGCUUUGGCACAGAGGAAGUGCCUGACCGAAUAGCUGAGGAAUAACUGGCCCCAGAAGUUUGGUCAUUAGUAAAAGAACCACUAUGGAAUGAGUUUUCACUUUCAGAUGAUCAAUUCAUCUAGCCUUGGAUGCCAUCCGAGCAGAAGUACAGUCAGGUUGGUCAAGAUUUGGGUUUAUUAAGACCACCCCAUGUGUCCUAUGUUUACAAGCCUUUACACAUUUUAGUGUUUUGUUUUCAGAAGUCUUUUUUUAUGCAAAAUGUAAGCUAAGACCUCAAUUUAAAAGCUAUCAUAUCAAAAGCUGAAAUAAAUGAAGAUGAUGGGUUUUUUUAAAAUCUGUAACAGUUACUUUACAAUAUGGGAAAUCCCACAAAAUAAUGCAAGUAUGCCUUUUUCUUGUUAUGUGAAAGUCCACCACACUACAGUGUGGUCUGUUGAGUUUAAUCUUUGGUCAGCAAACAUUGCACAUGUGUAACUCUUGUUUUUGAGCCACUUUUCAGCAUGGAUUAAAGUGACCUUUUUAAAAUGA